AUAAUAUAUCGGUAACCAAUGUUAGCAAUCAAGUGUUAAGGUUUUUUUUCAUACGUUUAUAUAACACUUAAAUUCAGACAUAAAACAAAUUAAAAUUAUAUAUACAGUACUAGUCUGGUGUUCAUAGUUUACUAAUUUUUUUUUUUUUGAAACCAUUCUAGAGUCAGACAUAAAUUUAUUUUGUCAUUUAAUUGUGUCAAAUAUUCAAUAAUAUUUUUAUUAUCAAUUAACAAAAAAAAGUAAUAUUAUAUUAUUUUUAUUUUUUGAAAAAAAUGUCGACAAAACUCAUCGUAUUGUUUGCCAUAAUAUUUUGUUCGGCUAUUUGUGGCCGGGCACAGGAAAGGGAUUGUUUGGCUAACGAGGUGUACAAUUCGUGUGGUUCCGCCUGUCCUGAGACAUGUGAAUCGGUACGCAACCCGAACAGUGCUACACAAGCGUGUACUAUGAACUGUGUGGCCGGUUGUUUCUGUCGGGACGGUUACGUCAAAGACAACAAUCAGUGCGUUCCCCGACAAAACUGUUUGCCGUCCGGUGCCACGGGCUCGAUCAGUGAGUCGCGUAAGACCGCUGCCGGUGAUAGAGAGUCGGCCAGCGGUGGCGACAGUGCUGGUCAUUCAGCCAUUCACGUACACUCAUUUGGCACACAACUGAUCGCAAUAGUGGCCACUUUCCUCCUCUAUUUAACAGUUAAAAUGCUUUACUAAUGAAAUAAUAAUGUAUUUGUUUGUCUGUGUGUUGUAUCAUAUUUUUAAUGUAUAACAUUUAUAAUAAAAAUAAUAAUA